CCCGUUUAAACAUCCAGGAUUAAAAGAGUGCGUGCCAGCAUAACACAGUAUGCAGCUGGCGCUGUACUCAGUGAACUGUAACAGACACAUCCCCACCUGUAGCACCGAGCAUGCGCUGCCAGCUGCCCCCUAACGGAAGGAGAUGCCAUUUGUGCCUGCUGGGACUCGGUUUCCUUAGCAAUGGCCAACAGCCUGAGGCCCAGACUGAACAAAAACAAUAGCAAUGCUGGAGUAACAUCAUCCGGGGUUUCAUAGAAAACCUCACUGGGCUGCCGUAACCCGACCUUGGAGCCAGUAAGCUGGACAGCAGGACGGUGUGCAGUCAUACAGUGCCCUUCUCCGGUAGGUACGUGGUGUAUUAUGUCUGUCUCUCUGUCUUUCCAUUUUCUGCCUCAUACCCCUGUGGUCCAUCACGGAAACUUACAACUUCUGUAUGACUCCUGGCAUGCCAGUAGUUGUUGAUGCAGACUUUGUCAGUUUCUGUGAGAGAGUUGUUAGUGUAUAUGUAUGGGCAUGUUUGUGCAAGAUUUAUAAACCACGUUUUCAUUUUAAUUAAAAAACAAAACAAAAAUAAGAUAGAAUUGCAUUGUAUGGGUAAACACACAGAACUGUCGUUCCAAAAAACAAACGUAGAUAACGUUCUUUUAGUGGUGGAAUUACCAGUAAUAAAAAUGGAAUGUACCUCUUGAUUGUCACUUAAAAUGUGUACCACUGUUGUGCUUUAUAAAGCAUUUACAGUGGUUUUUCCAAUUGCAGCAAACUGAAAUGUGAAAAUAUAGCAGAUCUGAAGGGAAAUAAAACAAAAAUUUGCUAUUGUCGCUUGAUUGUUUUAGCCACAAUUUUUCCAUUUAGAUUUCAGUUCAUUAUUAUUCUUUUAAUUAUAAAGUUCCAUCACAUUCCACAGUGCUAUCCAUGGGUGCAAUGGUACAAGUAAUAAGACACAGUAAAACAUGACUAAGACUAUACAAAAUUGGACGAAUUAAUACAGGAGGAGAUAAGGGCUCUAUUCCUGUGGGAACAAUCUAGUUUAUAAAGCUUUCAGUUUAUUUAAUAUACCCGCUAAUGUAAAAUGAUUGCCCACAGAGAGCAACAUAGAAUAGAUUAAAGCUGCUCUGUCAUGGCCAACUGUAGUAGUUCUAAGUUACUUACCCUUAUUUUCACCUCAAUUUUUUACCACAAAAUGUCCUGGCACCGGAUCGUUUUCUAAUAAGACACCUUCUUCAAUGUAUUGGCAGUGACAAACUGGUUUUGCCCUCGCUUUCUAAUCAUGUGUGAUAUACAUACAGAGAAAAGAUGGGAUCAUACUUACAGACAGUGGUGAAUGCUGGUUUUGUGUUGCACUAGGCGCGCAAGGGAGUGCUCCCUUGCCAGCGCCGCCUGCCCGACCAGCAGCCCGCCCGGAUUGUCAGUUAGCCGCAAGGCUAACAGGACAUUUGCCCUGCAUUUUUUUGCCGGCCCCUGGAAAGUUCCGCCCAAGGCAAAUGCCUUGUUUGCUUCAUGGCUAAUACGUCCGUGCUUACAGAGACUCAUUCACACACACAUAGAUAUGCAUUCCCAGACAUACACACACUCAUGGAUACACACUGCCACAUACACCUUGAAAUAUAUUUUUAUCUAUGUUUUUAGCUACCCUCCUGACUUCCUACCCAUUUGCUGUAGGAGGGUGACUUCCUUGGGAUCUAGUGGGAAGUGGGCUGGUAAUAGUGCUCUUCUUGCUCGCCUGUGUUUUUAUUAUAUUUUACUAUAAAUAUUUUUAUUAACAUGCCCCUGUAUUUUCACUGCUCGGUUCUCUGCCGUUUAGGAGUUUAUGCAGUCCUAACCACAUGUCCGUUUGCUGUGACUAAAACAGCCUGCUUAACCCCUUAAGGACCAAACUUUUGGAAUAAAAGGGAAUCAUGGGGGUGGAGCCUAACUGCCGAGCUAGCCGGACGCAUCUUGGCCGAGCUCCUGGGGAAAAUUAUCUAAACCUUCGACUCAGGGGAAAACCGAAGAUUAUAAUACCUACAGCGCCUGUAUGAGCCCUCACGCAUAUUAAUUGACCGGAGCUUGACUGGCGUCCGACGGUUCUGGAUCUCGGUUGGAUGGAGGCCUACUACACGAGGGAGAAAGGGAGGCGGCCGAUCCCUCUACCCUCGGGCUCCUACACCUUCGCAGGGCCCAUCACAGCACAGCUAAAUUCCCCCCCUCGCACCCCCCCCUUGCCGGUGAGGGAAAUCCCGGCACCUACCAGCCGUGCUGUGGGGUCUGGAGGCUUGUCCGAUCAGCGACAAGAAGAGGAGGAUAGCUCCUGUAAAAUGGCGGUACAGAGCACACCUGAUAAAAGAAGACAGCUGCCUGAUCUCCAGCUCAGACUAGACCAACUAUUUGAAAAAUUAGUUGGUCUAGUUAGAGAGCAGAGCGCACCUACCUGCCUCACAACUGCCAAGCAGCCAUCUGCCCAAAAAGCAGCCUCAACAAGGGAGAAGGAACCCAAAAGUCCUCACUACAAACUGGACCUCAAAAUGGCGGCGGACGAAGCGACGUUUUCUACCCCAGCACAAGAAGACAAACACCCACAUGAAAUACCGCCAGGAAUAUAAAACACAACUGAAGAACAAGACCACUCAAACUUACCUGGCAACUCAAAGGUCCAGAGGACUGCAAUGCCCCGCUCCACUCCAGCCUUGGAUACAGCAUGUAAGCCAGCCACUACAAUCACCAUAUGGGCACGGAAACCCACACGCGGCUUGCACGCAACACCAGCGGCUCUGCAGAUCGGGAGUCGGUUGACUUCGAACUACCCAGAGGACAGAAGCCAAAAUAUUUCAUCCGAGCACGGGAGAUGACUUCUGCACGACGGCAUGGACUUUCAGUCUCUUUAAUUUCUGUUGACCUGUUGUCCCCUUUUUAUAUAAUUUAGAAUAACCGUGCACUCAAGGCCAGAUUUCAAGCAACAUCAUACUAACAUGCAAGCGUGUUUAGGUACUGACAGCUAGACUUAACCUGUUUUCUAGCGACAUCUUCCUGUACACAAAACCCAAUGUUUGGCUAGUCUGUCUAUCUCACCGUACACAUGUGUCCAAGCCUAGACAGGUUGAACCAGCCUGCUCCUGCUCACGGUAUCCCAUACCUUACCAUGAUCAAUUACACUAAUUUCACUAAGUACCUAUCUUUUACCAGUAAGAGGAAAUACCAAAUGUCAUGUGUGAUAAUUACUCUAUCAUAACUACUCUUAAGUCUCACCAGGGUUAUCGCAAACAUACUAUAUAACAUACUAUAAAAUUGUGCAUAGCCUAGCAUUUACCCUAUUUGUUAUCAAUACUAAGCAGCUUGAGGAAUGCCGUUGGGGUACCUCAAGCAAGUUUGUAUUCAUUAAAUGCACUGCAAAAAAAAAAAAAAAGGGAAUCAUGACAUGUCGUGUCCUUAAGGGUUUAAAGGGAUACUGUAGUGCCAGGAAUACAAAGUUGUAUUCCUGGCACUACCGACAAACUUAUAUAUCACCAUCAAAGUCUAUGGGAAUGUUUGUAAAUAAGAGUUUUCUUUCUAGCAAAUUUAAAUCAUUUGAAAAGCUUAUCCAAAGAUUUUAAGUUGAGGCCUAUAUUACUAAACAAAUUAAUUUAAAUAAAAUAGUUGUGUGUACCUGUAAAAUAAUGCAGUUGCAUGUUUUAUUUUUUUUUAUGCUGCAGCCAAACACCAUGGAGAACUAUGAGAAAAUACUGAAAAUUGGCAGAGGGGCAACUGCGGAAGUCUUUUUAAUGAGAAAUUUGAAAAACAAAAAGACAUUUGCUGUCAAAAAGAUAAAGAUAGACGCAUCCAAACAGAUGAGAACCAAAGAGGGUAUUAUUCAAGAAGCCACUAUAUUACGUAAAAUUGUGCAUCCUCAUGUGAUAACAUGCCAUGAGUACUUCUGUGACCUCGACGAUGAGCAUGUUUUCAUUGUCCAAGACUAUUGUGAUGGAGGUACACUGGAUGAUCACAUCAAAGAGAGACAAGGUGAUUGUUUCCCGGAAAGCACUAUUAUGGAGUGGUUUGUUCAGCUGACUAUGGCUGUUCAGUACAUUCAUUCCAUAAAAAUCCUUCAUAGAGAUAUUAAAACAUCAAAUGUCUUUCUCACCAAGAAAGGCAUAGUUCGGCUUGGAGACUUUGGAAUCUCCAAAAUCAUGAGCAGCACCAUCGAUAUGGCAAGCACGUGUGUUGGAACACCAUAUUAUCUCAGCCCAGAGCUCUGCCAGGACAUUCCUUACAGUUCCAAAUCAGACAUAUGGGCUCUUGGGUGCCUCCUUUAUGAGAUCUCUGCCAUGAAGCCUGCUUUUGAAGCAAAUAACUUAGUAAGCCUUUUCUACAAAAUUGUAAAAGGGGGCUAUUCUCCUCUUCCAGAAUAUUACUCAGCAGACCUGCAAGACUUGGUUAGAACAAUUUUGCAAAAGACUCCAGAAUCCAGACCAAAUGCAAGCUCCAUCCUGAAUUUUGGUUUUGUCCAUAGACAUUUGGAGCUGUUUAUUCAGAAGCAUGAACUUCAGUUGUUUAAACAUAUUAUGGAAAAGAAAGACAAUAAAGAAAAUGCUUGCUUGUCAGAUAAUCGGAGCAGAACAUCUAUGGCUUAUCAGGUGCCCAAGGAAGAUUUCAGGUGUAAGUCGGCUCCACCAAGUUCCUAUAAGCCUGAUGUUCACCCUUGUGAACUAUGGGAACAGGGUGAGCUGUCUAGUACUGGAGACAGAUCAGAGUAUUCUGAAGACUUUGACAAUGACAGUCUGUCUUCAGUAGAGGAGAACCUAGAGGAGAUAGAGUGUCACCCAUGUCAGAGUGAGGAUAUUCCAGAAGAAAUAGGUGAGUGCCCAAGAUUAAAUGCAAAUCUUUGUAAAGCAUUACUUGGCAUGUUUUAUAUUUGGAGUACUAUAUGCUCAUCGAAAACUUUAGUCCUAAACAAAAAGUGUAUACAACAGUACUCCAACCCAACUAAAGGCUAAACCUUAAAAAAAUAGAAUCAAAUACUGGGAACCCACUAAAAAUAGUUUUUUCCUUUUUAUUAUGUAUAUUUGUGUAUGCAUGUACAGGGUUGUGAACAUUAAAAAAAAAAUUUUUUUUUAAAUCUACUUGUCCAAGGGACUAAAGCAGUAGCCCAAUCUACAGGGAGUGCAGAAUUAUUAGGCAAGUUGUAUUUUUGAGGAUUAAUUUUAUUAUUGAACAACAACCAUGUUCUCAAUGAACCCAAAAAACUCAUUAAUAUCAAAGCUGAAUAUUUUUGGAAGUAGUUUUUAGUUUGUUUUUAGUUAUAGCUAUGUUAGGGGGAUAUCUGUGUGUGCAGGUGACUAUUACUGUGCAUAAUUAUUAGGCAACUUAACAAAAAACAAAUAUAUACCCAUUUCAAUUAUUUAUUAUUACCACUGAAACCAAUAUAACAUCUCAACAUUCACAAAUAUACAUUUCUGACAUUCAAAAACAAAACAAAAACAAAUCAGUGACCAAUAUAGCCACCUUUCUUUGCAAGGACACUCAAAAGCCUGCCAUCCAUGGAUUCUGUCAGUGUUUUGAUCUGUUCACCAUCAACAUUGCGUGCAGCAGCAACCACAGCCUCCCAGACACUGUUCAGAGAGGUGUACUGUUUUCCCUCCUUGUAAAUCUCACAUUUGAUGAUGGACCACAGGUUCUCAAUGGGGUUCAGAUCAGGUGAACAAGGAGGCCAUGUCAUUAGAUUUUCUUCUUUUAUACCCUUUCUUGCCAGCCACGCUGUGGAGUACUUGGACGCGUGUGAUGGAGCAUUGUCCUGCAUGAAAAUCAUGUUUUUCUUGAAGGAUGCAGACUUCUUCCUGUACCACUGCUUGAAGAAGGUGUCUUCCAGGAACUGGCAGUAGGACUGGGAGUUGAGCUUGACUCCAUCCUCAACCCGAAAAGGCCCCACAAGCUCAUCUUUGAUGAUACCAGCCCAAACCAGUACUCCACCUCCACCUUGCUGGCGUCUGAGUCGGACUGGAGCUCUCUGCCCUUUACCAAUCCAGCCACGGGCCCAUCCAUCUGGCCCAUCAAGACUCACUCUCAUUUCAUCAGUCCAUAAAACCUUAGAAAAAUCAGUCUUGAGAUAUUUCUUGGCCCAGUCUUGACGUUUCAGCUUGUGUGUCUUGUUCAGUGGUGGUCGUCUUUCAGCCUUUCUUACCUUGGCCAUGUCUCUGAGUAUUGCACACCAUGUGCUUUUGGGCACUCCAGUGAUGUUGCAGCUCUGAAAUAUGGCCAAACUGGUGGCAAGUGGCAUCGUGGCAGCUGCACGCUUGACUUUUCUCAGUUCAUGGGCAGUUAUUUUGCGCCUUGGUUUUUCCACACGCUUCUUGCGACCCUGUUGACUAUUUUGAAUGAAACGCUUGAUUGUUCGAUGAUCACGCUUCAGAAGCUUUGCAAUUUUAAGAGUGCUGCAUCCAUCUGCAAGAUAUCUCACUAUUUUUGACUUUUCUGAGCCUGUCAAGUCCUUCUUUUGACCCAUUUUGCCAAAGGAAAGGAAGUUGCCUAAUAAUUAUGCACACCUGAUAUAGGGUGUUGAUGUCAUUAGACCACACCCCUUCUCAUUACAGAGAUGCACAUCACCUAAUAUGCUUAAUUGGUAGUAGGCUUUCGAGCCUAUACAGCUUGGAGUAAGACAACAUGCAUAAAGAGGAUGAUGUGGUCAAAAUACUCAUUUGCCUAAUAAUUCUGCGCUCCCUGUACUUGUUCAUCACUGCAAUCUACUUAUCCUGACAUGCACAAGAAUUUCAGAUUGUGUGCCCUAGACAUAGAGAAGCUUAUUUACUAUCUCCAAAUUAUUGCAAAUCAAAUCCUGAUGAAAAAAUGGAGACAAAAAAGCUGAUCUGGUAAUAUUCUUCAACACAGCAAGUGUAGUCAAAACUUUUUCCAUUCAGAUUUAAUUUGUGAAAAUUCAGAGUUUAGUGGAUAACCUUGAGUGGUCACCUCUGCCCUCCCAUAGUGAGUGUGAAUUUGUGCGCAAGUCUGAGUCUAAUACAUGUGUAGACUGCGUGUAAUAUGCACAGUGUGUGCUGCGUAUUUGGUGUGUACCUGCUAUGUGUAGUGUUGGUCGGCUGUGUAGUGUGUGAUGAGUCCCAGUUUGUCUGUCCCUCCAAACCCCCAGUAAUGUAUCUACCGUGUCUCUGCAUUAACACUCCCCCAUUUGUGUCCCUACCCCUAACCCAUCCCUGUUAUUGCCCAUGCACCACCCUGUUUGGUGUCUCUACACUGCCUCCAUUAGUCUCCCAGCCCAAUAGUGUCUCAGUCCUAACUUCCCAUUUAGUGUGUCUUCCCUCAACUUCCAUAUUGAUUCUACUAUUGUGCAACUCCCGAUCUCUAGUCAAUCAGAGAGCAUACAUGCAAUAUGUCCCGCCCCUCCACAAAGCAAGGUUAACUAGGUCCCUGAAAUAUAUUUGGGAGAACAUGGUAACUACUCGGUUUUGCACCCAUCCCUGUCACAGGUGCCUUAUUCCAAGGCCUUAUUUAAAGGACCACUAUAGUGCCAGGAAAACAUACUCGUUUUCCUGGCACUAUAGUGCCCUGAGGGUGCCCCCACCCUCAGGGACCCCCUCCCGCCCGGCUCUGGAAGGGGGAAAGGGUUAAAAACUUACCUUUUUCCAGCGCUGGGCGGAGAGCUCUCCUCCUUCUCUCCUCCUCUGUUCCUCCUCCUGGGCUGAAUGCGCACGCGCGGCAAGAGCUGCGCACGCAUUCAGCCCGUCGCAUAGGAAAGCAUCUAUGGACGCUUGCGUGCUCUCACUGUGAAAAUCACAGUGAGAAGCACGCAAGCGCCUCUAGUGGCUGUCAAUGAGACAGCCACUAGAGGAUUAGGGGGAAGGCUUAACCCAUUGAUAAAAAUAGCAGUUUCUCUGAAACUGCUAUGUUUAUAAAAAAAAUGGGUUAACCCUAGCUGGACCUGGCACCCAGACCACUUCAUUAAGCUGAAGUGGUCUGGGUGCCUAGAGUGGUCCUUUAACCUUGCACUGCAGAGAGAGAGUCCCAGGAUGAAGGAUUUCCCAAGUAAGUGCAUUAAUCAGAGCAAGACCUUCAGAGUCUUAUCAAUGCGAAGCCUCUACAGUAUUUCACUGUGUAUAGACUGAAAAUCUGUUUCGGAAUAAAGAGGGCCGUUCACUUCUCUGUCAUUUAGGAGUUAAAGAUCUUUUGUUUCUGUUUAUGCAGCCCUAGUCAUACCCCUCCUGUAACUCUUAAAACCUACAUUAAAAAAAAAAGGUUUUAUUUUCAAUUAGAUAUUAACUUACUUUAGAAUUGUUUAUCUCCUGCUCUAUAAAUUGAACUUUACUCUUACACAGAAGGCUUCUGCAGGGUCUAGAAAGCUAUUAACAGAGCAGGAGAGGUGCAGACAUACUGGGAGGUGUGACUAAGACUGUAUAAACUAAGUGAUUUACUCCUAAAUGGCAUAGAAGUGAGCAAUGAGACUUUAGUUUAGGGGCAUGUUCUAUACACCAUAACAACUUCAUAAAGCAAAAGUUGCUUUGGUGCCUAUAGAAACCCUGUAAGACGAGUGAUUUAGGGUUAGAGGCUGUUUAUUAUCAGGGUAACAGAUUUAAGAGUGGCUUAGGAUGUGCCUGCUAGGUAAGCUGGGUGUGUCAUAGUAGAUUCAAACACCAAUAAGCCUGCUCUAACUGCCCUUCGAUGCUAAUAUUCUGAACAAAUACCAUUGUACUUUUUGAGAAAACAGGAACCAGAGCAACAGCCAUCUUGAAUCUAUCAGGUGAGGAUUGGAGAUAACGGGCCAAAAUAAAUUGUAUCUGAACCUGGGCGAUGAUGUAUUGAGCAGUGUAGACCGGGAUAACCCCCACUGAAGACGGGGGAAGAGAGUGACAGAGCCCAUAGAAUAAUAAGAGCACCUCAAGGCUGGGAAACAGCCGCCUCCCCUGCCUUAAAGUGACCAGCAUUCCGCGGGCAAUACUGUCCCAAGAAACACCUGGUCACAAUAUAAAAUAGUCCAAAAAGGAUGUAUGGUGUCUUUCAGAUGACUAUAGAUCAGGUAAUUGCAGAAAAUGUCAGGAUAACUUGAUAAUCAGGCUUAAAUUCUCAUAGAAUUCUCCUUUUUAAAGUGUCUCUGUCACUUUUGGUUCUUUGCAUAUAUUUUAAUCCCCUCUCCCCAAAGGUGACAUUCUAACCUCUAAAAUUCUACCAAAAUUCUAUGUAAACUUUUAUGACACAUUUUAAAUUGAUAUCUUCAGGUUUCAAUAAUAAUGAUGGUGGCAGUGAUGGUGACAACGAAUACCCUGAUGAUUUUGAAGAGUUUGAGGGAAACACUCUGGAGAUGGUGGUCACCCAUGCUCGAUCAGCAAUGGAUGUAUAUCCUGAUAAUGACACCUUCGAAGAAGACAGUAAAGAACAGGACUUACAUUGUAUGUCACAAACACUCAAAACAAUGCGCCAGCAAUGCAUAGGUAAGAGAGUUAUGUGUUUAACACCAUGAAAUGGCUGAAUUUGUAGCCAAAUGUUUCCUGGACCUUGGAAUACCGGGGCUAGAUAAUUCCUUAAAUAGAUUUGAUACAUUUUCCAUAACAACUUAACUUGCAUCAAUGACAAUUAUUUUACAAUAUUUAUCUGGACUUUACCUACUGGUGAUCGAAAUUAAGAGAUAACUGGGUGAGCUGGAAAUGUAAAUAUAUCCCAUGCAGAGUUGAAGGGUUAACAGAUCCUACACUGAAAGGUAGGAAGUAAAAGCUACCUGGUUGACAAGGCAGGAAUGUGGAAGCAGCUGCCUGGUUGACAAGGCAGGAACAUGGAAGUAGGCACAGCUAAAGAUGCCUUCAUCCAAAUAAAAAUUGUAAAAAACUUGUUCAAAUUAAAUUCCUGCAGUGAAAUGGUCUUUGCACUAUAACCACCUACACUGAAAUGGUUAUGGUGCUAUAUAUUUUGAAACAAUCCACUCAGGUGCCCAGACACUUGGGAUUAACAUGAUAUAUGCUGAUAAGUAAACAAGCAAAACAUCUUUUGGGUGCUUUUUCUUCCUUUCAGAUAUAAUAUUGAAACAGACAGGCUGGCAAAUACAUAGAUGCCAGUAUAGACAUUCAUUACCUUUUAUUUCAUAGAGCGAAUUAGGGAACACCAUUGCCUAGCUUAAAAUUUCUAUUCUAGCUUUACUUUUAUCUGUAUGGAUUAUUGACUCUGCCACCUACGGGUGGCUGUUAAAAAUACCAGCAAGGGAGAUUGCUUACAGAUUGGACACUAUCUGAAUUGGCAUAGGCAAGAGGUGUCAGUUGACAAUAUAGCACUUUAUCACUUUUUUAUACAUUUUUUUAAUCUUUUGCUUGAAUUGAUAUGUUUUCAGAUCAUGCCAGUCUUUCAUGCUACCACUGCUCUUAUUUUCUUUUUUUUAAUACUUGUUUUAUUGGGCAAUGCAAAUGGAUGACAACGCAUAUAAAGAAAUAUAACACAUAUGGCAUAAGCCAUGGCAAGAAACACAAAAUACCUUUGUAGGUAUUUGCCAAUUUAAAAAAAAUAUUUUUUUUUAAUAUAAAAUGAAAACCUAGUAAGAAAAUGUCUCCUGGUAAAAGAAAACAAAUGUAGCCGCUGACACAGUGACUUGAAUAUAGUUAUCUCGAUGAUGGCUUUAUAGAUAAACAUGUUUAACCUGGAAUGCCUACUACAAGGUGCAACAUUGCAUAAACAAUUUGGUUAAAAUACUGUUAAGUGAAUGGCACUGAGUGAUAAAAACGAUUGAUAGAAACAAUUGAAUUGAUAAAAUGAUUUAAUAACAUUCAAGUCUUUCUUUGUCAACACUGUGUUAAUUAUCCAUAAGUAAUAGGAUCUUAGUGUUUUAAAUCAGUUAUAUUUUAGGACUAUGUACUUGAAUUUUUCUUUUUACUUUUGCUGCCUUGCUUAGGGCUAGCCACUUUGAACUAUUUAUUCAUAGCCUGAAGGCUGAAUCCCCUCUGAUUGGUGGUUGGCCAGUUGGAUUGAGUCCAUUUGUGGUUAGCCAAAACUUUGUUGGUGAAAAUAUGCAUUGCUAUGCAUUUUUUUAUUCUGCAAUACUUAUGGUUUAAAUUGCUUUCAGAGGCUCUCCUCAAAUGUAUGCUCUCCUAUGGUAGAGUACCUGGAGUGGAAAACAGGAACAGGAAAGCAGAGUUUUGAGGAGAGUCACUGGAAGCAGUUUAAGCAGUAAGUUUGUGGAUUUUAAACCUGUGGUUUUUGGGUUUUUUAUUUAAUGUAUUUGUUUUUGUUUGUGUGUGUUUGUGGUUGGUUUCCCUAAUCUUUAUAUUUGAAUAUCAAUAUUACACUCUUGCGUAAGUGGACUUCUUUCAAGGCACAUUUACUUUCCUUUUUCACUGAAUAAAACACACAUUCAUUUUGUGAUUUAUUACAAAAUAAUUUUGAAUCCUACAUACCCUACAGGCUUAACAUUAUACCAUGUUUUCACUUUGAAUCUAAUGUCGAGACAGUUACAGGUGAACAGAAAACAGGGUAAGUUAUAUGGUUUUUAUUAUGUGUUUCACUUCUACUUAAAGGGGAUGUUGGACAAACCCUGUAUGAAGAGAUCUCCAGCCAUUUCCUGAAAGGUUUGACACCUAAAGAUCUGCAGCCACAGUUUGAACACCAGAUGGGACCAGAUAGACUGGAGACCUGCUACCUUCUCUUCAACAUGGAUCAAGAAACACCUUCGUAACCCAUCUAAAGAGACUUAUUUUCAUUUUUAUAAAUUUUUUAUUUAUUUUUUACUAUUUUAAUGAGGGUUAUCAAAUAUUAAAAUAAACCUGCCACAACUUGCCUGACCCUCUGCUCCCCUGUUGCAAUCUCCUUACAGAGGUGAGUGUAACAUUUAUGUAUCACCCACUAUCAGCUCGCCCUCACUUCUCCUGUGGUCUUCACUGAUCAGUCACUCCGUUCCUAUACUGUCUAGCCAGCACAAGCAGCUCCAGCUAAGUUACCAUAGCAACCACAAAGCAUUCAUGGUGGAUGUAGAGCAGGAGGACCACCUGUGGUAGGUACCUUCUGCUCUCCCUGUCAAUCAAUUCUUCGGUAUAGACUCUGCUGAAGAACUGACUAACAGGUGGGAGAAAAACAUGUUUUUAAAUAGGUUAUUCAUGUUUACUAAAAGUCAGUCUUUUUUAAAAGUGAACAGAAAAGAAAGAAACCAUGCCAAAGCAUUUAGCUUUACUUUUUCAUGCUUUUUGUAGUUUAAAUGUUUUUUUUGUUUUUUGAGAGCAUUACAUUCUAGCUAUACAUUGUGCUAGCAAAUGUGUAGAUUGUGAGAAAAAUCUAUUCCAAAAUAGUUUUUAUCCCACCUGUCAAUCAAUUCCUCAGCAUAGCCUAUAUCAAAGAAUUGAUUGAUAAAGGAGAUCAGAAGAGUCCUUCUGCCCUCCAUGUAAAGUAACAAACAUGGCUAGCACCCUAGCGCUAGCUGAGGUAUAGAGAAAUGCAAUGACUGAUGUCACUCUGUUCCAGUGUUAAAUUUGGCAGCAAAUUUCAAUUUAGUUUUAGUCAUAGCCUUUUGAUUAAAAAGCCAUUUUAGUUUGUCAUAUUUUAGUCUUCUGAAUUGUUUUAGUUUUAGUCGACAAAAUUAACACUGCUCUGUUCAGAAACAGGAAAUGAAGCCAGCAUGUCUGCAUCACAUAGGUUUGCCUGACUUUUGGAAAGUGUACCCAAGCAUGGCAGAUAAAAAAAAAAAAAAGACUGUGGGCGGACCGGAUGUAUACAGAAGUAUAACUCCCACCUCUGAAUACAUGGCUGUGGAAGGCUAGCUGAGUCCUGACAGAUUCCCUUUACUGAUGUGGUAGGUUUUUAUAUAUGAUUGUCCUAAACCUAGUCGUAAUUGCAUAGAUAUCUCUCCACUAGGCUCAAUUAACGCAGAGCCAAAGAGUCUUUAUUAUCUAAUGGGUACUGUAAUACUAAUGCAUAGUUAAUAUUUUACAUGAGAUACUGUAAGACAUCUGUGGAUAUAGAAUAUUACAGGCAUUAAUUGUAUCUUGAUUACAGUGCCCCUCCUUUUUAAUAAUGUUGAGCAACGAUGUAAUAAACUCAUUUCGGUGUUCAUAGCUGAAAACAACUUUGGAUUUAUCUUCAUAUGUUGGGUUAUGGCACUGUUUGUUGUAUUUAAAUAAAACUAUUCAUGUAUAUUUUAUUUCUAUGCCCCAAAUGAAAAUGGUCUUACACAAAAUUUAAAGGGAUUGACGUUUAAUACAUUUCACACUGUGGCCUCAUGCUGAAUUUUGGGCAUUCUCAAAUAAUUUAGUUUUUUGAGCAAAAAGAAAAAUAAUAUUGUUUUGCUUAAUGCUCCAUCAUAAGUUCCCUCCUUAGCUCAAGAAAGAAGGGAGAAAAUAUAUGUAUAUGUGAUAUAGUUGUUUCAGACAUAAAGCUUUUGCCUAGGCAAAUAGUUAUUUUAGCUUUAAAACACCAUUGCCUAACUGGUAUUCAGUCAAAAUCAUUUGACAAGCAGGGGAAACUUUCCUCGGGGUUGCAUUGGAGCCUAUUUCUGAUAGGAGCAAAUUUUAAGUGAUGCCUUGAAGUAUGUUGAGGAGCAGUGCCUACUUUCCUUGAAGGAUUCUAGAUGGCUAGAGGUUGCAUUGGAGCCUAUUGAUAAGCAAGGGACACUUUCUAGGGGUAUGUGGAAGCAAAUUGGUGAGUGGGGCCACUUUCCUUUAAUUCUAUGUAGCUUUUGGCCACCAAAGGCCAAUUUCGUGCGGUGCCUAGGCACCUAUUGGGAAACAGGGGUCACUUUAUUGGGGUACCUUGGUGUGCAUUGGUGAGCAGGGGCAAUGUUCUUGUAGUGCCUAAGCAGCUAUUGGCAAGCAAGGGCCACUUUCCUGAAGUUCCUGGAUGCUUGUUUGCAGGAGACACUUUCAGGGGUUCCUUGAUGAUAACCGUCUAGAAAGUGUCUCACUGAGGAUGCCUGAAAGAAAGUGUCUCACUGAGGAUGCCUGGAUGUUAUUUUUUUCAGCAGGGGUCUCUAUCUGAGGUUGCCUGUGUGGCUAUUGGUGAGAAGAGCCCACUUUCCCAGCCCGUGUUGCAUGAGCCCUUGUUUCUUAGGCAAAUGGCUUUGAACUGUAAGAAAUAUUCAAAACUAUUUGCCUGAAUCCUAUUUAGGCUAAAAUAACUUGGCCUAGGCAAAAACCUUUUUGCCUGAAAUUACUAUUUGCCUACCACAUAUACACACAGUUCAGCCAUCGACAAUACUGAAUGAUCUGAACUGCAAAGCCUUCAUUAGAAGGAGAAGGCUACCAGGCAGGCAUAUAGAAAAGAUAUCACUACCUGUUUGUUUUUCUGACUGUCUGCAGCCAGGUUGUGAAUUAAAAGCUGCUCACUCCAUGCUGUUGGGGGCUGAGAUGUGUGCAUACAUUUGAUAAGUAAGUCUUACUGCCACAAGGGGAUGUGGCUAAGGAGGCAGGCAUAUGGUGCUUCAUUCUACAAAACGUUUAUUUUUUGCAUUAACUCUAUAAAAUUUGAGUAUGCAAAAAGAGAAAAAAAUACAGCAUAUUAAUGAGGUCAAAACUUAUGGAAUGCAGUAAAUUGGUUCUGGUGCCCAGAGUGUCCCUUUUAAAGAUUUGACCUUACACGUUAUAAUGUGCUGAUUUUAGAAAAGAAAAAUAAAACUGCUCAUUUUCAUUGCCAUCUCAAUGCAGCGAUAUUUUUAAAGAAGCAAUAAAGGAUUUAACUUCA